GGCGGCAGCAGCCCGAGUAGCGGUGAGGCAUUCGGGUGGCGGGAACCGCGGUCAUGGACCAUAUCACGGUGCCCAAGGUAGAAAAUGUGAAAUUACUGGAUCGUUAUGUAGGUAAGAAACCAGCUAAUGGGAGUCUAUAUCUUACUGCAACCCAUCUGAUCUAUGUGGAGGCUUCUGGUGCAGCCCGAAAAGAGACAUGGAUUGCACUGCAUCAUAUUGCCACUGUGGAGAAGUUGUCCAUCACUAGCCUGGGUUGUCCCCUGAUCCUCCGCUGUAAGAACUUCCGAGUAGCCCACUUUGUUUUAGAAUCUGACGUUGUGUGCCAUGAGGUUUACAUUUCACUGUUAAAGCUUUCUCAGCCAGAAUUACAUGAAGAUCUGUACGCUUUUUCUUACAAUCCCAAAUCCUCAAAAGAGAUGAGGAAAAAUGGAUGGAAGCUGAUUGACCCAAUAUCAGACUUUGGACGUAUGGGACUUCCUAACAGGUACUGGACCAUAACAGACGCCAACAGAAACUAUGAGAUAUGCAGUACCUACCCUCCUGAAAUAGUGGUUCCUAAAUCUGUUACAUUGGGAACGUUGGUUGGAAGUUCGAAGUUCAGAAGUAAAGAACGUGUGCCUGUGCUUUCCUACCUCUACAAAGAGAACAAUGCUGCCAUUUGCCGCUGUAGCCAGCCUCUGUCUGGAUUUUAUACUCGUUGCAUAGAUGAUGAGCUCCUGCUAGAGGCUAUUAACCAGGCGAACCCAGGGAGCCAGUUUAUGUAUGUUGUAGACACAAGACCAAAGUUAAAUGCCAUGGCCAACCGAGCAGCUGGGAAGGGUUAUGAAAAUGAAGACAACUAUGCCAACAUUCGCUUCAGGUUCAUGGGCAUUGAGAACAUCCAUGUGAUGCGGAGCAGCCUGCAGAAACUCUUGGAAGUUUGUGAAUUGAAAACUCCAACAAUGAGUGAAUUUCUUAGCGGCCUGGAGAGCUCAGGGUGGUUGAGACACAUUAAAGCUAUUAUGGAUGCUGGAAUUUUCAUUGCAAAGGCAGUGAAGGUAGAAAAGACCAAUGUCGUAGUCCAUUGUUCUGAUGGGUGGGACCGCACAGCACAGGUCUGCUCUGUGGCCAGCAUCCUCCUAGAUCCAUUUUAUAGGACAUUCAACGGACUCAUGAUCCUGAUAGAGAAGGAAUGGAUAUCCAUGGGCCACAAGUUCUCCCAAAGGUGUGGCCACCUGGAUGGGGACUCUAAAGAAGUAUCCCCUAUCUUCACACAGUUCCUAGACUGUAUCUGGCAGUUAAUGGAACAAUUUCCUUGUGCCUUUGAGUUUAAUGAAAAUUUCUUGCUGGAAAUUCAUGACCAUGUUUUCUCCUGCCAGUUUGGGAACUUCCUUGGAAACUGCCAGAAGGAUCGAGAAGAUCUGAGAAUCUAUGAGAAAACCCAUUCCGUGUGGCCUUCCUUGGUUCAGAGGAAACCAGACUUCAGGAACCCUCUCUAUAAAGGCUUCACUGUGUAUGGGGUACUCAAUCCUAGUACUGUGCCCUACAACAUUCAGUUCUGGUGUGGGAUGUAUAACCGCUUUGACAAAGGGCUGCAGCCCAAGCAGAGUAUGAUAGAGAGCCUCUUGGAAAUUAAGAAGCAGAAAUCAGUGCUGGAGGCAGAUGUGCACAAACUAGAAAAGAAAGUGAAAGCCCAUGAUGAGCCACCAGAAGAAGUCUGUACCUGCUCUCAAUUAGGGCGUUUAUUAUCUCAACACCUGGGAACUCCUUUAACCAGUCCUCUCGGCUUUAUGGGUAUUGAUGGAGACCUGAAUACCUUGAUGGAGAAUGGCACUCUUUCUAGAGGAGGCCUUCGAGUUCAGAUGGAUCAAGUAAAAAGCCAGUGUGCAGACCUCCACCCUGACUAUUAUGGGACCGUGGGCAACCUUAGGGCCAUAAACAUUUCUGGGGAUGUCGGCUUCUCUGGAGACACAGGCAUCUCUGGGCUCUCAGGCAUCUCUGGCAACACGGGCACCUCUAAGGCUAUGGGCUUCUAUGAAGACAUCAGCAUCUCUGGGGCCAUGAGCUUCUCUGGGACCACAGGCAUCUCUGAAGACACAGGACUCUCUAAGGCCAUCACCAAGGAGGCAGGUUUCUCUAAGCAACAGUGAGCUAUUCAUCUGCUUCCAUAUUAGGUGCACCUGCAACACCCACAAUGAUCCUUGUCUCAAAAAAGGCUGUGCUGCUUUUCUAAUUGGAUUAAAUGGGCAGAGCCAGGGCACCCCUCCUCCCACUUAAGAGUCUGGAAGGGGAUUUAGGGCCUUUACUAGUUAAGCAACCAGUAUAUGCAUGUCAAGCAGCCCAGAAUAUAGGCAAGAGAAAGAAUAUGUUAUUAUUCUAGAAUGGGAUUUAGCUUUAAAAAUAUUGCUUUUCAGCUGAGAUAUUAGGCUGCUUCCAUUAUUCCAUUUUCCUUAAAGGUCAGCCUCCCUUACAUUUCCACCCUUACUAUUAUAGCAUUAGAACAAGUUGCAAUAUUGUCACAGUGGAGAAUUAAGACCCUGUUGAGGGGGUGGAGAGAUGGUGUGCAACAGGUAACUGAAUUGCAGAAUAGCUUAAAAGAAAAUGUUACUUGCCAUUAUAUUUAGUCAUACAAUGUAAGCUAACAUUAUUGCCAAUAGAGACCCCAACAUUUGCCUGAGAAAUAAAACAAAAUGAUCCAUGGGUGCUUGGUGGUUUAGAACAUAUAAGGAAAUAGUUUUCUUAAGUUACAACACUUGUUUUCCCCAACUCACACCCUGGUUAGGUCUUAUAAUACUCAGCCAAAUCCCUUUUUCAUAGAUAGCCCAUUGAUAAACUUAAAUCCACUACAUUCUACAAUGAUCAAUUCGAAAAUAGUGAGGUCUGAAUUAAUAAUAUUGAUCAAUAGCAUUCUCAACAUCAGUUCAGGAGUAAACUGAAAAUCUCAGUGCUUUAGACCCUGGCUUGCACAUGGCAUAUGUGCCCAUCUAAGUUUUCCUAAAACAGGACUGUUCUUAGGUCUUUUUUUUUUUUUGGCCAUACCACGUGGCAUAUGGGAUCUUAGUUCCCUGACCAGGGAUCGAACCCAUUCCCCCUACAGUGGAAGCAUGGAAUCUUAACCACUGGACCGCCAGGGAACUCCCUCUUCUUAGGUCUUUUUAUGAAGUCCAGUGGUUUUACUUCCCUAGACAUCACAUCAAGUU